AUGGCAGGUCUGAAAGACGAUGAAUGCAGAACAAAGUUCCGCCAACGCGUGUCUAUUCAUGUUGGAGUACGGACCAGGAAAAAGCUUAGCGAUGCGGAUUCCUUCACAAAGUUCAUCCAGGACUCUGCAAGGGAAACGCUCCCGGUUCUAUUGCCGCGAAAGAAGUUUGCCUUUGCAUCUGCGGAAACAAAAUCCACAUACAAUUCUGUAUGUGUCGCGCGCAGCGCUGGUGACUUCAACCAGGAAAAGCGUCUUAGAAGGAAGCUGCGUAGUCAACUGCAACAAGACUGCGAUAACGAGUGGACGUCAAGAGCGAUGGAGUUUGAGAAGGCGUGGGAGGACAGGAACCCGCGGAAAGCCUAUGCUCUACUAAAACAGUAUAGCGGCAAAAUGAAAAGAUGUUUCCAUGUCCUCAGCACUGCUAAUGUGCUUUGGUUUUUUGGAAGGAAAAUCAAAUUUUAA